GGAUUGUUUGGUCGUUAAAGAUUUUCUUGUUCUGCUGGAGUUUGGCUGGUAAAGAGUUGUUUUUGUGAUUCUCGCUGAAAAUUUCGUUUUUUUUUUUAAAGAAAGAAGGUUAAGGAUUCACUUCAGCCAUGGAGAUUAUGGAAGAAGGAAAUCUCAUGGACAGGAUACCGAUCCUGCUCCAGCGAGACUUGGAGUAUUACGAGGCCAACCAAAAAGUGCUUCAGGAGAAUAUCUGUCCAGGGGUCGGUGGCAAGCUGGACUUUCCGCGGUCUGCUUCGUUUGCAUCGGUGAAGAUCGUCAAGUGGUUGGAGGAUGAAUACUUUGCCGCGUACAGGAAAAAUUCGGGAUUGUUGGAUUUGGACGACGUCCUUCGGGAUAAUCAGGGCAAAGAGAGCGACGAUGCGGCCGGAUGUGGCGGUAUAGUUAAGUCUUCGGAUCCAGAGAAGUUUGUACUGUUGGUGGUAAAAUCAGUGGACAAUAUGCUGGAACAUCUCCACACGUUGUCCCAGGAAGCUUUGGAUCACGCUGACCUAACUGUGCUGACGGCCACGAUUGGCGCCUCGGCCUUGAUCAAGAAUAGUUUGUUCAUUUGGCUGGGGUGUGUUACCAAGAAUGUGUGUCCGCCCAAGGGUGACGAGAAAGGAGGAUCGUUGAAGAUGAGCUACAAACAGUACUCCGAGAUGACGGAAGCCCUGGCGGAACGACUGCUGGAUCUUCACUGCAGGUUGUUGACCAUGUACAUCAUACAGGACGCGGACAGUCUCCACUGGGAGAGUCAACAUCCGUUUUUUGAGUCGGAACGAGGAUCGUACACUGUUCAGCUGUGGUGGUUAUACAUGCAGGGUACCAAGCAGGACCUGUGGAGUUCAGUACCUCCGACGAUGGCUCAACGGGUCUUUGCCGGCAUGCUAAAUGAAACGCUAACGGUGCUAACGGUACGCUACACGCAGACGGUUCCAAGUCGCGCUCGGUCAACGCUUUUACUGGUGGACAUUUCAAACAUUCUACUCUGUGCCGGAGUUCUGUUGCCGGCGAUUUGCGAAAACGGUGAAGCAUUCGUGGGACUUAAUAUUUCUAACCAAAGCAAGAUCAUACGCGAUAUUCACUCCAAGUGCCAGGAACUGUUUUGCUGUCUGCUGCUUCGAGGAGUCCCACUUGGUGUUUUAUACAAGAUCACCAAAAAAGGCGUCAACUCGAUCGCCAUGUUCAACCAACGCCAGGGUCUCAUAACCCCGUGGACCAUUUUCGCCCUUCCAAAACUCUUUCCACAUCAAAACGGUCACUGGGCUACGCGUUGUUCAGAACUACCUACGAACACCGCACUCUCGCUGGAGCUUAAAGUACUGCUGGCGGCCCCGCAAGCCAACUGGUGGUUGAUCCUCAAAGCUCUACUGAUGAGGGAGGCCCACUUGUCUUCGCUGAUAUUUCACCACUUGAUCAAGAACGUUCCAUCGGGGGACAAUUACAUUAACAGUUCCAAGCAGCCGUCGAUCAACCGCGAGAGCAUGUCCCGCAAGUGCGAUGGCUUUCUGUGCGGACUCGAGUGCAACGAUAUCGUGCAGUGGUCGCUGGAGCAGAAGGAUCCCAUCGGUCAAACCAACUACCAAGUGUUGAUGGGGCUGACUUACAUCGUGAUCAUUGCCGGCAAAACGUCGGAUGUCAACAGGACGCUCAUUUCCGCGCUGGAGAAGAGCAAACUGAACGACUGGGCUUCCUGUCUGGAUCGUCGCCAGGUGUGGAACCAGAAGAGACCGCCAUGGUUGGAAGCCAUUCUGCACCUGGUCUAUCCGAUCCUGGACCCGAUCAUCCACAUGCUGGUCGCGGCUGUUCAAAACACCGCAAGUGUCUACCAGGCAAUGUCCCUGUCGUUGUCUUGCUUUUCGGAAAUGUGGGACUGCAUUCCGGACUGUUUGUACACGGUGGUGACUUGCUUGAUCGAGAUUCUACCGGCGGAGAUCAGGCCGCUGGGUGAUUCGGUGUUGAUCCAGGUGUUGUACAUGGCUCUGUACUCGAAGUUGCUAGAGGCUGCCGAGAGUGAAGCGGAAGCCGAGCAGAAGGAGCAGAAAGAAUCAAAGGAUUCGCAGACUCCGCCGGCACCGCCUCCGGAGGGUUACGUCUCGACGAUCAACAUGAAACCCAGAUCGGUCAUUUGCCAGACGUUGGCCGAAGCGAUCUGCUUCAUCGACGAGGAUAACAAGCACACCGAGCAGCUGAACUCGCUGAUCGCGCAGGCCCGGAGAGCCAGCGCGGCCAGUACGCUGGAGACGGAGAUGGAGGAAGCGGUCGGGUUGAGCUUUGCCAGUACUUCCAAGAUCGACGAGCUGGAUGCGUUCGUACAUCAUACGCCAAGCGUUCGCUCGGAGGAAGAGUUCGACGUGGAGAACGCGGAGUACAUUGCGGAGUUGCUGGUCAGCGAUGUGGUUGUGAGUGCCGUUGGAAAACUUAGUAUGAAGAUGAUCUAUCAAUACAUUCGAAAGAACAUUGAGUGGAUCUUGCAGCAGCUGGUGAGUGACGUUGAGGUGAAUCCUCAGCCUAACCCCGGCCAGAACAUCAAGGAAGAGCAGCAAACGCUGAUCGACAUAAUGUUCCACAUCGGGAAUCAGUCCUUCGAUCAGCUGCUCAGCGGUCAGCUGGACAUCGAUUACAACAGCUGGUUCCAGACGCCGAUGUCGAUGAGUGCGGAAAAGGCAUGGCUGCAGGUUUCACAGCGCUGGGAGUUCCAACCGUCGGCAAAGCUAUCCGUCCAUGAAGCUUUGAUGGUGUCUUUUAUUACUUCUGUGCUGAAACCCUAGACGAAUCUUGUUAUUUGUAGUUAAUAGAGGUGUAGAAUCGAUUUUAACAGCUUGUUGCACCAGCUCGAACCCGAGCAAGGAAUCAAUCUUUGUUUCGUAUGUUUAUUUUCCCCCCUUUUUACAGUGAACUCGACCAACAGGACCGGUCGCAUCGGUAGAAAUGCCUCCCCUUUCGGAAAAGGUUUUGCCAAAAAGCGUGGCAAAAGUAAACAUAAAACGGUGCGCAGUACCGACCGCCCGUUCCAGCCUAAGUAUCCUUUGCAUAUUUUAUUAACCGAUUUCCCGUCAAUUUAACUACUGCAAGCUGGCCAGGAGAAGUGUCCCGGAAUCGAACCCUCCGGGACCCAUUCCCGCAGCUUCCGCUUGCUGACGGAGUAUUGUUCAUGAAAAUUAAUGUUUUCCAUUUUAUGUCGGUUUCAAUUUGAGCAACGCACGUACCAAACUCCACUUUGCACUUUAGAAUUGUGUAGCAAAAUUUUGGAUGAAGCUCUAACGACGAUGUAGUGAUGAAUAUUUAAUAAAUCGAGCGUUUUAUUGCUGUUUCA